AUGUGGUCCAAAUUGUUACCAAAUCUCCUGAUCUGGAUCCUGGGAGCCGUUGAUUCAAUGGGCGGCUUCAUGUUCGGCUACGAGUCCGGCCACAUCUCAGGCAUCAUGGCCAUGUCCGACUUCAAGCACCGUUUUGCUGACCAAGCUGAUGGCACUUUCGGUCCUGCGCGGUCCGUUACCAUUGUAGCCCUUCUCUGCAUCGGCACUCUGAUCGGCUGCCUAUGCUCUGCGCCGCUCGCGGAUCGGAUCGGUCGCAAGUUUUCCAUUUCGCUGUCGGCGUUUUUCUACAUCAUCGGCGUCAUCAUCGAGAUUACAUCGAGUCGCGUUUUGGUGCAAUUUGGCAUUGGCAGGCUCGUUGCUGGCCUGGGCAUCGAAUGGCUGUCCAUGUGCGCGUUUAUGUACCUCUCCGAAUCUAUUCCGAAGACGAGCCGCGGCGCUGUCAUUUGGUCGUAUCAGCUGUUGAUAAGGGUGGGGAUUUGA